UUAAAAAAUAUACAAAAUUAAAUAUUUGCUUUUUGUGUAUACAAAUAUAAAACGACGAAACAUGUUUUUGGUGCGUGAAAGAUCAACUAAUUUUCUUUAUUGAUUUUUGUAUUAAUAACUAAAUUUAAAUAAAUUAAAAUACUUUUUUCUUUAAAAGUAAGAGCUUUUAAAGUCGAUUUUCCUAAUCAAGAUUAGUAAAAUUUUCUUUAUCCACCAUAUCAUUCCUAAAUCCGUCCCUUAGCCCCUAAGCAAAAACAUCGCACCGUCAAAAUCUCAGAUCUCUCUCUCUCUCUCUAUUUUCGUUUUUGUCUGAUAAUUUUGCAGAAAAUUUGAUUUCUCAAUCCCAAUCUCUACCUAUGGAGGAUGUUGCAAUGAAGAACGCUGAGCUCAACGAAGAAAUAUCCGACAAGUUUCUCUGCUGCGUUUGCCUGGAGCUUCUUUACAAACCGAUUGUGCUAUCAUGUGGUCACCUAUCGUGUUUCUGGUGCGUACACAAGUCAAUGAACGAGCUGCGAGAGUCUCAUUGUCCCAUUUGUAGAGACCCUUAUGUUCACUUUCCUGCUGUUUGCCAAAAGCUUCACUUCCUCCUCAAGAAGAUUUACCCUCUUGCCCACCACAAGCGAGAAGAACAAGUUCUAAAGGAGGAACAAGAACUAGAUUGUUUUUCACCUCAGAUUGAUGAACCAAAGCCUAAGGAGGAGUCUUCAUGUAGUGGAGCUUCUCUACAUGUCUCUGAUGAGCGGAAGGUGGAAGAGUGCUCUAAUGCAGAAAGGUUACUAUCAAGUGAAGAACCUAAUGAGAAUAACAAAGUCAUUACGCAAAUUUCAAAAGAUGAUUUGCUCUGUUCAGCGUGUAAGGAGCUGCUAGUGCGACCCGUGGUACUCAACUGUGGACAUGUGUAUUGUGAAGGAUGCGUAGUAGAUAUGUUUCAAGAAGGCGAAAAGAUCAAAUGUCAAGAGUGUCAUAUCUCUGACCCGAGAGGGUUUCCGAAAGUUUGUUUGGUUCUUGAGCAGCUUUUGGAGGAGAACUUUCCUGAAGAGUACAAUUCAAGGAGAAGUGGGAUUCAGAAAUCGAUUGCCCAUACUAGCAAAAGAAACAUUCAAAGCUCUCACAAAGAAGGCCCAUCCUUAUCAGGCGAGAACAACAAUGAUCUUCCCUGGUGGGCAAACCCUGCAUCUAAUGUUCACAUCGGAGCUGGUUGUGAUUGUUGCGGAGUGUAUCCAAUCAUAGGGGAAAGAUACAGAUGCAAAGACUGCAAGGAAGAGAUUGGUUAUGACCUUUGCAAAGACUGUUACGAGACUCCUUCAAAAGUUCCAGGGAGAUUCAACCAACAACACACCCCUGACCACAGGCUUGAGCUCGCCCAGGUUCCUCAGGUUCUUGUCAAUAUCGAGUCUAUCGGCUUCCUUCUAGGUCCGAUGGUUAGUGAAGGCGUGAGUGGAGAAGAAGAUAGUGAUGCUGAUGAUGAUGAUGAUAGCGAGGAAGAAGGGCCUCCUGAUUCUAAUGAGGUAUCGUCAAGCGCUGACUGAAACACAGCUUAAGUAUGUUGGAAUCUUAAAGCAUGGUUUGCGUUUGUGUUUGCAUAUUUCUUUUUUAAAAUAUGGUUUUUAAACAAAGUUAAUUUGUUAAUUUAUAAACAUAAAACGCAAACAAAAACCAAGUCUUAUGUUUUCAUUUGGUUGCUUAUGUAUUUUGCAAUAAGAGAUUUCAAAGAACUGAACUUUUUUUUCUUUU